AUGGCCUACGACCCCCGACUGGUAUCCACCAGCGCUCUCCCUCUCCCCAACAACAACAACAACACCAACAACCCCGACAGCCCGAAACUCCGCUUCUGCACGGUAUGCGCGUCGAACCAAAACCGGUCGAUGGAAGCCCACCUGCGGCUCUCGACCGCCUCCUCGCCGUACCCGGUAAUCUCAUUCGGGACGGGGUCGCUAGUGCGCCUCCCGGGGCCCAGCAUCACGCAACCGAACGUGUACAACUUCAACACAACCAGCUACAGCCAGAUGUACGAUGAGCUGUACGGCAAAGACGAGCGGCUGUACCGCAACAACGGGCUGCUGAACAUGCUGGAACGAAACCGGAACCUGAAAUGGGGCCCGGAGCGGUUCCAGGACUGGGUGCCGGGGAUGCCGCGCGUGGAGCACGUGUCGAAGGGCGACAAGGGCGCGCUGGGGACGGAGGGCGGCGUGGUGGAUGUGAUCAUCACGUGCGAGGAGCGCUGCUGGGACGCGGUCGUCGACGAUCUCAUGAACAAGGGGUCACCGUUGAAUCGGCCCGUGCAUGUCUUUAAUGUCGAUAUCAAGGAUAAUCACGAGGAGGCGCUGGUGGGCGGGAAGGCGAUUCUGGAGCUGGCGAAUCGGUUGAACGAGGCCGCGGCUGCCGAGAGGAGGGUCAGUGGCUCCGAUGGCUGGGAGAAUGGCGUUGGCGAGGCGAGGAGGAAUUUCGAUGCCAGGGUGCCCGAGAUUCUCGCGGACUGGCAGGCCAAGUGGCCGCAUUUGCCGGCGCUGUGGACUUUGGCUUGGCUGUGA